AAGAGGAUGGGUCAAAGACUGUUCUACAAGGCGCACUUUGCAUGUGAUGGGCUGCACCGUGGUUCUGUGCUUCAGUCUUGGCUACUUUUGGAGUAUGUCCAAUUAUACCUGGCAGGAAACACCAGUCAAGAUCUUCAACACAGUGAGAAAGAUUUACUCAAAGCCACAGAUUCUAAGGCCACCCAACCGUACCCACCUCUUGGAGAACUUGCUGGAAAUUGAAUUACCAAGAAUGAUUUACGCAAAGCCACAGGUUCUAAAGCCACCGAGAAAUGACGUCCUUAUGAUGACUCCAUGGUUUGCACCAAUAGUUUGGGAAGGGACCUAUAACCUCGAUAUCCUGAAUGAGCAGUUCCGACAAAGGAAUGUCACUGUAGGACUAACAGUUUUUGCAAUCAAAAAGUAUGUCGUAUUUCUCAAGACAUUUUUAGAAACUGCAGAGAUGUACUUUAUGGUUGGACAUAAAGUAAACUAUUACAUUUUCACAGACAGACCACAAGAAGUUCCUAAAGUUGAGCUCAAAGAAGGAAGGAACGUAGUAGUUCUGCAAGUCCAAAACUACUCGAGAUGGCAAGAAAUCUCUAUGCGACGCAUGGAAAUGAUCAACCACUUCUCCAAGAAGCAGUUCAUUAAUGAGGUCGACUACCUUGUGUGUGUUGACGUAGACAUGAGGUUUAAUGACUUAGUUGGAGUAGAAAUCCUGAGCAACUUGUUUGGCACACUACACCCAGGAUUCUACGGUUCAGAGCGUCGGUCUUUCACCUAUGAACGUCGACCUGCUUCUCAAGCUUAUGUGCCCCAUGAUGAGGGUGACUUUUACUAUGCUGCAGCAUUUUUUGGAGGAACAGUAAAGGAGGUUUACAAGCUGACCAAGAAAUGCCAUGAAGCCAUCAUGGUGGACAAAGACAAUGGAAUUGAGGCAAUAUGGCAAGAAGAGAGUCACUUAAACAAGUAUUUUGUUUACCACAAACCAACUAAAAUACUUUCCCCAGAAUACCUGUGGGAUGACAAUAUAGGUAGGCCAGAGAUCCUUAGGAAAAGGAGGUUUCUUGCUGUACCAAAGAACCAUACUGCAAUCAGAAAUAAAUGAAAUUCUUCUCUGACUGGUCUUAGUGUUGUGGUGGGCAAUCUGCAGGACAAAUGUGGCCCAAAGUAAUUUGAUGUUGCUGAUGUUGAUCAUUUGCAGGCACCACACAUCACAGCU